AUGUGUGGUCUUACUUGGUUCUGGUACGAAUUAAGUCGACAUCGAACUAGGCCACCCAGUACAGGUAUAGAGCGACGCACACGAUUGCUGGUUGUUGACAAUUCGGCACUCGGUAAAGAGGCCAAUACAUCUGGUAAAUUAGCCUAUUGCAUCAAUGUUUAUAAACCGGGCAGCCGAAAAAAGCAUAUGCCCCAUGCGACGCUUGGCGACAAGAUUCUGGUUGCAAUACGAGGAGAAAUGAAGCAAGCGUUUGUGGUGGGAGCUAAAAUUCAUGUAGACUAUCGAAAGCAUGGAAUACCUUCAACAGAUACCAAUAACAUCGUACUUCUUGAUGAUGAAGGAAAUCCUCUUGGAACCCGAGUAUUGAUGCCAAUUCCAGCAAUUCUUCAACGGAAACGAGCAAAUUUACAAUUUUCAAAAAUAUUAUCAAUUGCUACGAAAUAUUUCUAA